CUUGAGCUGGGAGAGGAGGCCGAGCUGGAGGGCGCCUUCCCCCGGCCCUGCGAGGGGGGAGCCGCCGCGGAGGCGAAGGAGACCGGGACCGCGGGGCUGCCCGGGCGCUGCCCGCAUGCUGGGCCGGGGGCGCCGCCGGGGCUCGCGCCCUGGGCUGCAAGGCCGCCGCUGUCCCGGGCGCCCGGUAUGUCGGUGCACUACACCCUCAAUCUGCGCGUCUUCUGGCCCCUGGUAACCGGCCUCUGCACUGCCCUUGUGUGCCUCUACCAUGUCCUGCGGGGAAGCGGGGGAGCCCCGGCCGAGCCCCCCGACGGUGCGGACGGCGGCUUCCCGCUGCUCAAGGUGGCCGUCCUGCUCCUCCUUGGCUACAUCCUCCUGCGCUGUCGCCACGCUGUUCGGCAGCGCUUCCUGCCAGGGUCUCCUCGCCUGGGGAGCCACUCGAGCUUCUCUCCUAGACACUUCCGAGAGCCCAGUCUUGGCAUCUUGCUGGAGAGUUACUACGAGCACGAGGUGCGCCUGUCCCCGCACGUGCUGGGCCACAGCAAGGCGCACGUGAGCCGAAUCGUGGGCGAGCUGGUGCGGGCUGGCCGCGCCCGGGGGUCCCCCGGCCCCAUCCCCGGCGGCGCACUGGCGUUGGCCUUCCGUGGAGACUUCAUCCAGGUGGGCAGCGCCUACGAGCAACACAAAAUCCGGCGGCCCGACGGCUUCGACGUGCUGGUGCCGCUGCGUCUUCCGCCGCUGGUGGCGCUGGAGCCGCGGAGCCUGGGCGCCGAGCCCGCGCUGGCCCCCGCCUUCCACGGCUGCUUCGUGUGCGCGCUCAAGGCGCCGCCGGGGGCCUCCGGGAGCCACUGGCUGCGGGACUGCAAACCCUUCGCCGACGGCUUCUGCGUGGACGUGCUCGGGCGGCGUCACCUCUCUGCCGCGCUGGUGCUGCGCUGGUUCCAGGCGCACCUGCAGCGCUCCCUGGCCACCGUGCGCUACAGUCUGGAGGGGCGUUGUCGGGUCAGCCUGACCCCGGGCGGCCUGGAGCAGCCUCCCACCCUGCACAUCCUGCCCUGCCGCACGGACUACGGCUGCUGCCGCCUUUCCAUGGCAGUGCGUCUCAUCCCCGCUGUGCAUUUGGGCGACGGCGUUUUCCUCGUGGCACCGCCACCAUCCCCUUCGCCCAUCGGGCCUCUGUCGGAGCUCCCUGGAGGCCUGCGCACGGAUGCACUGUGGGGUGUGAACACAGCUCGGCAGGAGCAGAAGCUGCUGAGCUGGCUGCAGGAACGGGCCCCUCCAGGUGCCUGCUACCUCAAGUGCCUGCAGUUGCUUAAAGCUCUGCGAGACCUGGGCGCCCGCGGGCUGGACCCAACGGCCGCCACCCAGUGGGGACGCAUCCUGUCCUCAUACAUGCUCAAGACAGUGCUGCUGGCGGUGCUGCUGCGGGAGGGGGACCCUGCUUCAGGCUGGGAGGAGGCGCACCUGGGCGAGCGGUUGGAGGAGUUAGUGCAGUUCCUUAGGGACUGCCUGCUGAGACGCCAUACGCUCUUCCACUGCGUCCUGGGCCCUGGUGGGGCGGCUGCCGAGGUGGGCCCGCUGCCCAAGGUACUGCGUGAAGCUGCCCCCGUUGACCUCCUGGCUGCGUUCGACAGGCACGCCCGGGAACUUGCAGCGGCGCGGUUGCUGUCCACCUGGCGAAGGCUGCCCCAACUUCUCCGGGGCUACGGGGGUCCUCGCUACCUUGCCAGGUGCCCCCCACCCCGGAGUCAGCGCACGCAGGGGUUCCCUGAAGAUCAGCCAUAAACCUUGACAGUGCCCCCACGCGGCCUAAUGCUCCUAAAGCCUCUCCCACCAGAUGGGGUGGGGAUGGCAACGAAGCCAGUUUAAUGCAAGGAAAUGAGGUGCCAAAGGUGAUGGAAAAUUCGGCGGGUGACCUUUGGUGGCUUAUAUGUCCCCCCUGGCUCCACAAUCCAGUAUAGUUAUGGCAUCUUCUUCACACCCACCAGCGUAUCCUGAGCAAGCUACAGAAAAAGACCUUCAACACCAGCCACUAAGAGUUAGUUCAAAUGUCGGUUUGGGUGGAAUGAUUCUGUAGAAGGAUCCAGCUUUUAGGGAAGCCCAAUGAAGGAAGCAAGAACUAGCUGCAGAGAAAGUUCCCUCUGUCAGGUUUUGAGACAGAUCUCUGGCCCCCACAUU